AUGACCGGAGCUUUACCGCGGAGAGCCCUGGAGGCCAUGGGAGAUGGCACACGUGACUGUAGCCUCACCCUUCAGGCAGCACUUGCCUGGGAAAAAAACCCCCAAUCUCCCCGUCCCCAUCGCCCCCAUUUCCCCCCACAACGGCGCUAUCGCAGUCGCGUCCAUCUUAAUAACCUUUCUUCAUUACUUGUCUUUCUUUUCAAUCCUUUUGAUUAUUCCGUUCCAAACAUGGGCAUCCCGAUGUGGCGUGAGCCUGCGAAGGCCGAAGCAAACAAAACUGCGAUAGAGAAAGAUUCAUCCGCCGCUGCACGCUCAUCGAUCGGUCGGCGAGGACGCGCUUACCGUUCGCGUCGCUCUGGUCUGUUGUCUUCGUUCCACUCCCAGAUCAUCGAUGAACUCCGAAGUGGUGGUCCAGGCAACCAGACCAGCGUGGAUCGAUUCCCUGUGCGCUCGCCCGUUUUGGCCAAUGGCACGAGUGAGGACGGGAUGACCCUGGAGGACUCCCGGCGCGAAGCGUGGACCCGGGCUCCUCCCCCUCGCCAGCGGCGCAGUGAACGAUCUCGCCGAAGAAGCACUCGUGAUAUGCUCCUGGCCAAUCUACUUGCCAGCUAUGGACCUGCCAACGGAAUCCCGGGCUCCUCAAACCCUUCCACACAUACUUCCACCCCAGCAUACUGGAGUCACCCCUCCAUGCCAAACAGCUCUGACUCGCCUAUCUACGGUGUUCGCCUCCCACCUCUGCGUCGUACAGACAGCUAUGGAUCCGAUCUGGCGAGAUUCUUGCAGGCGAACAUGCCCCCCGAAGUGCGCGACUCUCAAUCCAUCAAUAAUUCUGUACCACCACCAGAAGGAAGACUUCGCCCCGAUCACAUUAUUGGUGGUCUCGGUGACCGUCAACGCAGCCCAAGCCCCGAUGGAGAACGGGAGUCUGAUGCCUGGGAUACCUUGUUGUCAACUAUCACACCCGACGCAAAUCUUCCCUCAAUUGAUUCAUCCUUUGCUUCUAAUUCUGCUUCUGUGACUGCGCCCGACACGCGCAAUGCCGCUUUCCCGACUCGUCCACCAGGCCUCACCUUCAGGCCUGCCACGCUCGACCCCUACCCGGAUCAUCUCAACCCCUGCGACUUCUCUUCUUCGGACGACGAUGACGCCCCUUCCUACGAUUCCCGUCUGACAGGCAUGCGCGGGGUUCAUGAGCGUGUGCGCCGAGAUCGGAACUCAACCUUAAGCGCUCAUCCUCCCCUUCCUACACUCGCACGCACUCUUUCUGACCACCGUCACCAAAGCGAUGAGAUCCAGCAGAUGCAGGACAUUCUGGAUCGGCUCGCCAGUCGUGAGGAUGUUCCCGACAACUGGUGGGCGGCCGUUGGUGUUACACCCACGCUCAACCGAGGCCUCAGUGACAGUAUGGAUUCCACUGAUAAUGAAGGCACUUCUCGGCCAGCCCAAGACAUGUGA